CUCCGCUUCUUGCCAGAUUGCACUCGACCCCUCCGCAAUACCCUCAACUGCCCUGUAAAAGCUCGAGUACCAUUGGUUCUGCGCCUUGCACAUAGCAGUCUUUACCCUGAGCUUCGCUGACUGUAUAAGCUGCACAUUACGUAGCCCACACGACACAGUCGAAAUCCCGCAAUGGCCCCUCCUCCGCCUGCCAAUCUUCCUCUGGGCCAGCGCCUGGCUGCGCUUGCGCAGACCCUCCAGUUCGCGUGGUUCGCCGGCCACGUUACUCUGCUGCUGGCGUCGCUGAGAUACGGUCUUUCCUACAUUACCUUCAACUACAACUCUGCGUGGGCCGCCUUUGCGUACCGCACAGGCUUCGUUUCCGCUUGUGUCACAUAUGGUAUUGUUGUCUACAAGGCGUACCGCGCCCGCAUGAGGGCCGGCAAGCAGGGCGGCGUCAUGGCCCUGGCCACCGAUGAGAACGUCCAGUACCUGAUCAUGGCGCUCGUCUGGCUGUUCAUGCGCCAGAUCCCUCUGGCUCUGUUGCCUUUCACAGUCUACUCCAUCUUCCACGUUGCGACCUACGUGCGCUCCAACUUGAUCCCUACUAUCAAGCCUCAGCCUACUGCUUCGGCGCCUGGCGCUAAGCCCACUUCUUCGGCUUUCGCCGAGACUAUUGGCAAGUUCGUGAAGGAGUAUUACGAUGCUAGCAUGACCUUGGUCGCACUUCUCGAGAUCGCUCUCUGGUUCCGCGUUGUUGGCUCCGCUCUCAUCCUCCAGAAGGGCUCGUGGAUCCUGCUCGCCGUCUACACCGUCUUCUUCCGCGCCCGCUACGCUCAGAGCAGCUUUGUCCAGGACGCCAUCAACCAGGUUACUGGCCGCAUUGAUGCUCAGCUUGCCAAUCAGAGCACCCCUCCCGCUGCUCGCCAGGGCUGGGCAACCUUCAAGAACAUCGUUCGUCAGGCUGCUGACGCGACCGACAUCCGCAAGUACGUCGGCGCGCAGCAGGGCGCUGCUCCCAAGAAGGCCCAGUAAGCGCUUCGACAUGCGUGCGACAACGACCUGCCUUUGAUGACUCGCGGUGCUAAGAGCACGUUGGAGGUCUGAGGUAUGACAAGUUAUGACGUAUGAGCUAUACGGUCGCCACAAAAUUGAGAGUCGAAAGUUGGAAUGGAUAACGAACGAGUGCGUUCAUGGAUAUGUUGAAAAGUGAGCGGUCCUCUGCUCAUGGCGAGCAUGACAGAACGGAGCUGAAGUCGGAUUGGUCUGCAUUGCUAUCCAUGUGUAACCAGGAUAUACCUCUGAGCAUUUUCGUAGCUGUAGAGUGGCGUUCUUUGCAAUUGAAUAUGUUAUUUCUGAUACUCC